UCCCCCAGCCAUAUCUGCCGCGCGGUAAAUAUGCGAAGGACGGACAAUUGGUCGUUUAUGAGCGAAGUAAAUACAUAAAGAACAUUUCCAGAUUUUUCAAACUGCCAACAAUUAUAUCUCAAAGCUCACGAUAGACACAGAAGCUAACAGCAGGGGACUGUGGUUUUUUUCGAGAGCUUGAUUUUAAGAAGUGGAAUCCGUUUGAACUAAGGAGUCAAAACUUGUUCUUGCGAUAAUGGCGGGAGAGUGUGGUCGCUCGUACUUGUUACUGCUGGUUGGCUUGCUGGGCUUGUUUGUGUGGGACACACAGGGGCAAAGCUGCACCACUAAGGCAGAAUGUGAGCCCAACGUAGUGUGUGAGCUGGUAACGUGGUUCUGCAAUGGGAGCACUCCCGUCGCAACGACCGCAGCACCCACUGUGGAUCCACUCACCCUGCCUUGCUGUCAGCACCUCGGCUCCUGUGGGGAUGACGUCAUUGUGGCUGGCUGGGUUGCGGUUCGUAACACCUCCGUGACGAUUGACAACGUUGACUACUCCGUAGAAUGGCUCGACACCUUCAUCACCGAGGGAAAUGCUACUUUACCGGCAGUCAUCAAGUCUGCUUAUGUUGGAUCUUUGAGCACCCUGAGGAAGGUGGCCAUGGAAUUUCCAUCUCAGAUGUUCGUUGCAGAGCCAACCAACAGCUGCACCGUGGACGGUGAACCCAAGUGGCCGGAGUGGUAUCAAGUUACAAUCAACGUGAUGGCAGACCUCAACAUGGACAGCACAUUGGUGAUUGAAGAACGUCGUGAGAAAGAAUGUCUUUGUGACGUCGUGUACGACUGUGUAAAUUCAGCUUGUCAAGUCAAGAGCGACAAUUUCACCAACAACGCUGCGGAUUUAGGCCAGGUUGACUCUGCCCUGGCUGAAGAUGUGGAUUUGUUCUGUGUGGAGCCUUUGAAUGCCACAAACUACACGGCGUCCUCCUAUUUUGCAGUUGGAUUCGAACCAGGGAAUGCUGGACUUGAUACCUGGGAGUUUAACGCCAGUGUGGAGGCUGGUUGGGCCCCCGAACUGGACGACAAUGACAUGUGGAUAAAGAUUCACUUACUGGAGGAUAUGAAAGUGUCUGGGCUCAUCAUCCAGGGUGUGGGUUUAAACGCUGAGCGUCGGGUCGAUCAGUUCAAACUAGAGUAUGAAGCAUCCGAUGGUAGUGGAGUGAUUGAAGGAAGUAAGAUUUUCAAUGCAGGAUCCAGAUUGGACACCAAGCUGACCAAUUAUUUCCCUGCGCCAGUGAAAGCAAAUGCAAUCAAGAUUUCAGUUGUUGAACCGUGUGAUCCGUACUAUGUGGGGCUACGAGUGCAGCUUAUUGGAUGUCCGGUUUGUGCUAGCGAUCCAGACUGUACAAGAGACAUCAAUGGGAUUUGUCUGUCGGCGGAGAACUUCUGCACCUAUCAUGCUAGCGAAACUACUACAGUUGCAGCAGGCCCUACAACUACAGCAAGUGUCACAUCACCAGUAGCCACAACUAGCCCUACUUUCAUCGUGCCAAUCGUUAACAAGAUCGAUGAAGUUACUGCAUCACUAGAUGAAGAAGUGAAAGAAUCUCUGACCACGCUGAUUUUGCCUGCCGACCUAUCCGAAGGUGUAGCAUCUUCCGCCCACAUUAACAUAACCACGGACGUCAUUAAGUCCGGCCUGGAUGUCAUUCGCAAUAUCACCACUGUCGCUAAUACCACCGAGAAUAAAGAGCUCCAGAGGAAGAUCCUCGAAGGCAGCUGGAAUUUCAUGAUUGCCGUCUCUGAAAAUGAGGAUUCCUUCGUAUCCGAAAACAACGAGCUGGACGAAGAUCUCCUUCAAGACUUUUUAGCUGUUGGCAGCCUGGUGCUUGAUAGUGACCGAGAGGAAGCUUGGAAAGACAUUCAAAUGGAGACUGUGGCAGGACCGUUGGGGAUUGUGUCUUCAAUUGAAACUGUGGCAAUCGAAGUUGGCAUAGCUUUAAUCGAUCACGGAAACGCUUCGGACAUAGUAGUUGCUGAGGACAACCUGAAUGGAGUUAUUGCCUUAAGGGGGAAAGCGGAAGUUAAAGAUAGCGGUUACUCAACAACUUUUGACAGUAAAGAUGACUCAUCUGGAGUGGCGACUGAAAUCACUAUAGCCAAUACCCAGUUUGAAGAAAACGGUGCCAUAAAGGCUUUGCCAGCGAAUAGCAGUUUGGUCGUGGUGGUACUCAAGUUCAACAGCAUUGAGGAAUUGUUGGUCAAAGAAGAUGUUGAGGACCAGACACCGGGAAACAAACGACUCGCUAGCAGUGUUUUGUCAAUUCAGGUGGUUGCGGAUGGUAAACCUCAGUCGGUACCCCUUUCCUUUAAACUGGGGCAUUUAGAGCCUACAAAAGAGGAAAAACCAAAGUGUAACUUCUGGGAACCGGUACUUUCUUCUGAUGGGGACAGUAGUAAGACUGCCGGGAACUGGAGUGACGCAGGAUGUACAAAGGAUGCGCUUGCUUCCUCAACCCACGCUACGGUCUGCAACUGUGACCACAUGACUAACUUUGGUAUUCUGAUGUGGCUCGGUGAUUCACCACCGAAGGAUACCACAGCACUCGACACCAUUUCUCAGGUUGGAUGCUACGUGUCGAUUGCUGCAUUGAUUGUGGCUCUAGGACUCCUGUUAUACCUCAAGUCGUCAUUGUCAUCAGAACGCAUUAUUAUCCACAUUCACCUUAUGAGCGUCACCCUUGUUGCGUUGACCAUCUUUGUGCUUGGUAUCGGGGCAACUGAUAAUGAAGUAUUGUGCAAGGUGAUCACCAUCGCCCUUCAUUUUUUCUUCAUGUCCAUGUUCAGCUGGAUGCUGGUGGAGGGAAUCCACCUCUAUCGCCAGGUCAUCUCCGUGUUCGAGAGCGAGAAAUCACGCUUGUGGGUCUACUUUGCUGUCGGAUGGGGAAUCCCUGUUGUUGUUGUGAUUAUUGGAACCUCCAUCUUCAUUUCUGACUACGGAGUAAACACAAC